AGAGAUUUGGGGCUUCGGUGACGUCUCCGCCGAGAUCAUGCGAUUAGAAAGGAAUGCUCCUCAGGCGGAGGAUACUAUCGCUCUCGGCGUCGCUCAGAAACUGCAAUACCGGAAUCGGCGAUCCUGCUUUGUCUUCUCCUUCUCAUUUCUCUUCCUACGCGAACGCUCCAGUCGCCGCCGGAGAUAUCCUAAUCCGCGAGGUGAAAGACUGGUUUAAGCGCGAUGUGCAGCAGAGCCACCAGUUAAUCGACCGAAUCUCUGAUAUUCUCCGAGCUCCGCCUAGCGAUGGAGAUGAUCGUUCUUUUUAUCACCAACUCUCCGGUCUCCGACUCCGCCUCACGGAGAGAUUCGUCCUCGACGUGCUUGACCACACCCGUCACGAUAUCCUCCCCUGUCUCAAGUUCUUCGAUUGGGCCGCUCGCCAACCUAGCUUCCAUCACACGCGCGCCACUUUCCAUGCCAUCUUCAAGAUCCUUCGCAGCGCAAAGCAUUUCAAUCUUAUGAUCGACUUCUUAGACCGAAACGGCGGUUUCGAGGGUUAUCGACACUCUCUCCGACUCGGCGAUGCCCUCGUCGUUGGGUAUGCCGUCGCUGGUCGCACCGAUAUCGCUCUUCAGCACUUUGGUCACAUGAGAUUUCGAGGUUUGGAUUUGGAUACUUUUGGGUAUCAUGUCCUCCUGAAUGCUCUUGUCGAAGAGAAAUGCUUCGAUACUGUUGAUGUCAUCUCCGAACAGAUCUCCGCGCGUGGCUUCCUCUGCGCUGUAACGCAUUCGAUCUUGGUGAAGAAGUUGUGCAAGCAAGGCCAGCUUGAUAAAGCUGAAGAUUAUCUCCGCUCCUUGCUCUUCAAUAAUCCUGCUGGAUGUGGUGCUGGCUUAGGCAUUUUGGUCGAUGCUCUAUGUACCCAAAAGAAGUUUCAGGAAGCUACUAAAUUGUUAGACGAUAUCAAAGCGGUGGGAACAGUUCCUAUGGACCGUGCUUAUAAUAUUUGGGUUAGAUCUCUUAUUAAAGCUGGAUUCUUGAACAACAUUGCUGGUUUCUUGCAGCAGAUUAGUCCUUUAGAAGGUUGUGAAAUCGAAGUUUUCAGGUAUAACUCUUUGAUCUCUAAACUUUUGAAAGAAAACAACCUUGGGAGUGUGUAUGAUAUCCUGACGGAGAUGAUGGUGCGUGGAGUUUUGCCUAACAAGAAAACGAUGAAUGCAGCUUUAUGCUUCUUUUGCAAAGCCGGAUUUGUGGAUGAAGCCCUCGAGUUAUACCGGUCGAGGUCAGAAAUUGGAUUUGCUCCUACCGCCGUGUCUUAUAGCUAUCUGAUUCGUACCCUUUGCUCCGACAGUCGCCUCGAACAAGCUUAUGAUGUCUUUAAGGGGGCAACGGAACGAGGGUAUUGUCUUGGUGCAAAGACUUUUUGUAUACUUACCAAUGCUUUGUGCUGGAAGGGGAAGUCUGACAUGGCGAAGGAGCUGGUUAUUGUUUCCGCGGAACGGGGCUUAUUGCCUAAACCUUUAGGUGGUUGCAAGAUUAUACCAGCUCUCUGCGAUGCUGGGAAAGUGGAGGACGCUCUUUUGAUUAAUGAGCUAUUCAACAAAAUUGGUGUAGCCACCACCUUCAGAAUGUUCAUCAGCUUGAUAUACGGCGCAAUUAGAUUAAUGAGGGGAGACAAAGCUUCUAGACUUAUCAUCAGAAUGCAGGAAAAGGGCUACACUCCUACCCAUACUCUUUACCGAAAUGUUAUUCGAUGUGUUUGUGCGAUGGAAAGCGAUGAUAACAACGAUUUUGCUAUUUUGCUAAAGUUUCAGUUGUCUCGUUGGGAACACAGAGUUGGGACUUACAACCUAUUCAUUGAAGGAGCUGGGUUUGCAGGGAAGCCAAAACUUGCAAGAUUGGUGUAUGAUAUGAUAGAAAGAGCUGGGCUGAGGCCAACACUAGAUUCAAACAUUCUCAUGCUUCAGAGCUAUCUCAAAAACGAGAAAAUCGCUGACGCUCUUCGUUUUUUCCAUGACCUGCGUGAGAAAGGUGAGGUCAAAAGAAGACUUUACCAUGUAAUGGUUGUUGGCCUGUGUAGAGCAAACAGGUUGGAAGAAGCAAUGCAUUUCUUGGAAGAGAUGAAAGGCGAAGGAAGACAGCCUAGUAUCGAAUGUUACGAAGUAGUCAUACAAAAACUGUGCAACCGAGAAAAGUACGAGGAGGCAGUUGGGUUGGUGAAUGAAUUCAGGAAAAGCGGGAGGCGUAUUACAUCUUUCAUCGGGAAUGUGCUUUUGUAUAAUGCAAUAAAGAGCAAAGGGGUUUAUGAAGCAUGGACAAGGAUGAGAGAUGUAGAAGAGAAGAUCCCUGAGAUGAAGUCUCUUGGUGAGUUGAUAGGAGUGUUCUCGGGAAGAAUCGAAAUGGUAGGAGAACUGAAGCGGUUAGAUGAAGUUAUAGAGAAAUGCUAUCCUCUGGAUAUGUACACUUACAAUAUGCUGUUAAAGAGAGUUGUAAUGAAUCAGGCGGAAGAUGCAUUUGAGUUGGUUGAAAGAAUAUGUGGAAGAGGGUAUAAGCCUAAUGAGCGGACUCACAUGAUCCUUGAUAGGGCUCGACGCAUACUAGAGGGACUAAAUUAUCGGUCAAACCCAACAGUUUUGUCAUGAUCAUUUAUUUGUUUAUCAAGGAAAUAUUUUUUUUUUCCUUUAUGGUGCUCACCUUUGGUUUCGAAUACUUUUGUUUGUAUAAUUUGUUUCAAUUUAAAAUAAUAUAAUACACUAAGAUUGUGUUUA